AUGGAAAACAACAGGAACACCGGAAACGCCGGAGCCCCACCGCAAGAAAUGCCGACGUGGUUCGUUCGUUGGUUAAACUCCCAACAACCAAGGAAUGUGCCAAACUUCGCGGCGCCAUCGACGUCGACAGCGGUUCAAAGACCGCAAGCCAUCCUUCAGGUACGUCCAAGUACCAGCGCCGCCGCUGAUGUCGAUGGUUGGCAAGUCACUCCACUACCUAGCGACGGGACGACUUCGCCAGAACCCGACCCGGAAAUUCCGGUAGCUCCGGAACCAGCCCCUCUUGCGAGCCCUCUUGUGCAAGAGCCGGGAAGUUCGACCACAUCAGCGACUUCGGGAGCAGUGAUGGCCUCACCACCUAUGCCAAUCACAACAGACAAUGUGGCCGCAAUUUCCGGAGUACUCCGGAGCUUGCUGGAUCGCCCACUUCCAGCUCCUGAACGACCAUCUUUCGAAGGCCUGAAAAGGCAAAAUCCGGUGAAAUUCUUACGAGCCAUUGAAGAAUAUGGACGUUUUUUCGGGCUCGACUCGCAGCGUCUUUUGGGAGUCGCCAUGGAUUGCUUGAAAGGCAAUGCCAAACAUUGGACGGGAAUAUUCCAGAAGAAGUGGCGUGGUUACGAGGACUUUCGACGGGACUUUCUCCGGACCUACUGGUCGGCCAAGCGUCAACGGGACAUCAGAUUUCAAAUCGCUACAGGCCGCUAUGACGAAACCAGGGGCACGAUGCUGUCGCAUUUUGCUUAUUACGUCGACAUGGCGAACAUGUUAACAACACCUUUAUCGGAGGAAGUGUUGCUGGAUGAAUUACUGCGUCACUUCCCCGAAAGAAUACAGUCGUUGUGGGUAUUAGAGAAAAUCUGUACCACCACGGAUGCCGCCGAAUUCCUGGCAGCUCAAGAAAUUCCGGGACAAAAUCCGGGAGAGAAAACCAACAUCGCUCCCAGGGAACGACCCCGCGCAACAGACCACCAGCGGCGUAACGAGCCAAAGCGCCCGCGGCCAAACAUUGACCGCCACGAAGUAACUCGUCCUGCGGCUCCUGCAAAUCGUGGAAAUGGUUUCCCAAAACGCUCAAGUGACGAACAACAAUGGCGCAACAACCAACCCAGCACCAGCAACAACCGUUGGCACAAUAACAACGGAAACAACAGCAACAAUCACUGGCGCAAAAACAACCCCAACGACAACCGCAACAACACAAGUUCGAGAGCGCAGGGUGAAACAUCACGAAACUCCAAGAAUUCGGGAAACGGGGGCGGAGUACAGGACGGGGCCUAA